UGUGAUUUGACGAAAAGUAGGUAUUAGAAUUUUCGACCCGAAGUGAUCGUGAAAUGAUAACAUUUAGUUUAACUAAAGAAGUGAAUGUGUGUGGAGAUGAAUUUACAGACACUAUUCCAGGAUUUCAAUCCUAGCAAAUUCGUCGUUCACACCUGUUUGCUGGUUUUUACGGCUUUAUUGGCUCUUAAGUUGGAUAACACCAUAACAUGGUCGUAUUGGGCAGUAUUUACGCCGAUAUGGAUUUGGAAAUUCCUUGUAGUUCUUGGUGCUACAGUUGGUACUUAUGUAUGGUGGCAGUAUCCUCAUUUCAGGUUGGAAGGUGAAGCCUAUAUUCACUACAAAGCAAUGUUAAUAAGUCUUGCCAUACAUUUAAUAUUGCUCAUGUUUGAGCUACUAGUGUGCGACCAACUGACAACUACCCGCCAUGUUUGGAUACUAGUCUUCAUACCGCUUAUAUUUAUAAGCAUAGUCUCCAUUGCAAUCUGUAUAUGGUGUGUGAAACAUGAUAGAAGCUAUGAGUUGGAGUUUUUUUGUGCUGUAAAUAUCCUACAAUUCAUAUUUCUGGCGUUGAAAUUGGAUAAAUUUAUAAACUGGUCAUGGGAGGUUGUAUUUGUGCCCCUGUGGAUACUCAUGUGUCUCAGCCUUGUAGGUGAGUGGGUGCUGUACAGUAUAAUAUUUGCUGGUAUCUUGCUGCGAACGCCUGACGUCAAUAUACAGCAAAGGCGAACAAGUUUCAAUUCGGCCCUAGCUUACACUUUCACUGUUAUACCUAUAUUAGUUUUCCAGGUCCUAUUGACGAAUAAGUUGGACGAUGAGCUGCAUUCGCUCACCUACAUCGUGGUUGUCAGCCCGCUAUUCGUGACGUAUGCUACGCUUAUUAUCAUGUCGUUUAGCUCAAAAGGUGGAAACAAAUGGUGGUUCGGAAUACGGAAAGACUUCUGCCAGUUCCUUCUAUCUGUAUUCCCACUUCUGCAAGAAUACGCGAACAUAGCGUACAAUAACAACGUAAACCAAGGUUCGAACCGCGUGCCCACCGACCCACCGGCCAGCCAAGAGCCCUACAGGGACGACGCUAAUAAUAAGGUCAAGGAGAAAAAACAGAAGAACCAAAAGAAGAACGAAGCGUUGAAGCCAGUUGUGCCUGUGACCAGUAUAGAUAUGCCCGAUUGAUGAUCCUGUCACGUGAAAUGGGUUUAAAAUGCUGAAAUGUGUGUUCACUUGUUAGAAUUUAGUCCUUUGUGAAUAUCGAGCUUCUAUGAGCAAUACUAUUUGUUAAGUUUGUUUUAGUGAUGUAACGAAUCUAUUGUAGUUAUUCGAAUAUUCAAAUAGAAUGGAAUCAAAAUUUCUUAAAAAUAAUCCAAGACUUGUUAUAAUCAUUCACAUGUAAUCGUUGUAAGGUGAUGAUGACAACUGCAUUCAUUAACCAAAAAUACAAAAAGCUAUUAAAUUUGUUACCAUCUUAGAACAACUUAAAACUUAUUCCCAAGUUUAAUAAAUUCAUAUUCUUUAUAUUAUAGUUCUAAACAUUCAAAUUCUCAAUAGUUGUAGAUGCAUACGAUGGCUUUAGUAACGUAAAUACUAGCCUCCUUAAAACUUUGUACAGACACAAUGUUUUGUCUUCUUUUUGCUAGUGUCGAUUUACUGAUGGCAGAAAGAGAAAUCUGUUUGUAACAAUUCACCCGCUAUUCAACGUAAACUCUUGAUAAGGUUACGCUAGAUAUUUAGCGCACAAGUUCAUUGUAAUAUCGUCAAUUAAAAUAAAAAAUAGGAUAAUAUAUUCAAAGUUGUUGUAACAUAACUCAUCAUGCGGUCUUUAUUAAAGGAAAUCUUAUUGCUUAGAUUAGAAUGUUGUUCGAUUAGAGAAUAAACAACUUUAAUAGUGUUAGGAAAAUUUAAUGUAAGUAGGUAUAUUAUGUAUCUAAAAUUCAACAAUUAAUAUGGUAAAA